AUGCCUCGUUACAACAAAAUUCAGAUUGCCAGCAUGCAAGGCCAAGCUGUCAUUGUAGGACUCAACGAAGUCAAGGUGAUAAAAUUUGGGGAGAAGUCAGUUAUCGGAGCCUCCGAUAUUGACGGAGGCUACAUUAUCGCGCUGGGGAGCAAGCAUAAAGGCAUCAUGGCCCACGUUGACCCCAGCCACGAUGCGGUUGUCACCGCGAUGGAGCAAUUCGAGCAAGCGUUCAAUGAGUCCAGAUCUGAGUUCACGUCUGAAUCAGCGGCGGCGUGUAUCAUGGCCGCGAAGCUUGGAGGCGUGACGGCCAUCAUGCUCGAAGAGACGCUGGACUACAUGAAAGACAAAAUGCGAGAGCUAGAGAUACCCCACGCGGUUUACAAGUACGAUGAGGUCGUUCAAGGAGCCAAGGCGAGCAGUGGCACGGCAUGCAUGGUGGGAAACCGCGUCAAUCCUCGACUUCCUAGCUUUUUCUUUGAGGACCAGCCCAUCGCCUGGAACCAGGCCAUCUAG